CAUCACGUGGUAGCGAGCGGACGUUAAGCUGGUGCUCUGGACUUUAACUUACAAACGAGGGUGUAUUUUCCCACAUAUUUACCUCAGUAUACUUGGCUGGCGGAUGAAUAUGGAGGUUCCGGAGACUGUGAUGCCCCCAUGACCUCGAGGUCGCCCUCUUCCCUCCCGGCGACGAUAUGAGAAAUACCUGCUCCGCUUCUGCCAGAGUUCAUCACAUCUACUUAGACGGUAUCUACAUCUACACCACAUCUGCACAAUACCUUCUCCGCCCACUAUGAAGUAUUUGAUGGUGGCAGUUCUCGUGGUCAGUCUGGCGGCCUCGGAAGAGGUCAUGGCCUCGUCGCGGGGCCAGGAGCAGCCCUCGCCCGUCCAGCCCCAUGCGCACACACACAGGGCACAGGACGCCGCCGCAGCCCCGCCCGCGCACCGGAAGGAGAAGGUGCGGCACGCGCACCGCUUGCGGGAACGUUUCCACAGCAAGAGGAAGCUCCACCGCGUCCACUUCCUCGACUACCACCAGGACACGCCCCUGCACAUAUACGAGAAGCCCCAACGAGACUCCGUGAGGGCGCUCGACCAGGCCUACUUCUGGUCCUACUCAGGGAUCGGGACGCCGAGCGACCUGUGGCAGCAGGCCAUCAGGGUCCUCCCGGGCGAGGGCAAGGACGCGAAACCGAAGCCCAAGGCGAUGCCGGUCACGGAAAACCUGAAGCGGGAUCCGGACCCUGUCGCGUAUUACGGCCUCCCGAAGGAGCUCAUGCCGAUCCACCCUGGAGGAGGAUCCAAGUUCGAGGACCUGGAGAAGGAGCGUCUGGAAAGAGCGAAAUUGGCUCACACCAAAGACGACGGCGACGACACAGAAAACGGUGCUGGCCACGACGCGGAGGGACUCUACAGUUCCGCCGCCGCGCCCUCCCUCUCGCUCCCCGCCGUCAUCGUCGCCUGCUGCGUUAGGCUCAUUCUAUAGAUCCCGUUUACCAGGCCAUUUUAUCAUUCCUGAAAAAAAAUGUCUGAUGUUAUUGAUUUUUAAAGCCUUUAACGGUCUCGCAAGUAAUGAAUGAAUAUUUAUUUUAUCCUGAUGAAUACGAUAAACUUUUUAAUAGGUGUUAAGCAGAAUAGAUUUAGUGCUAUGAAUAUAUCGUUGUGCCACGACACAUAGUGAUAUUGUAUGUGUGUGUAUGAAGAUGUAUGCGCGCGUGCACAUACAUAUGCACUUGCUUACAUUUAAACGUGUGUGUGUGUUUGUGUGUGUGUGUGUGUGUGUGUGUGUGUGUGUGUGUGUGUGUGUGUGUGUGUGUGUGCGUGAGUGUGUGUAUUUGUUUUUGUGUAUGUAUGCUUAUGGAGAGAGGAUAUAACAAAGAAUGAAUAUAAAACACCAUUUCCAUUAUUUGUAACUUCAUUACGAUCUUAGGGUCCUCAGUUUAAUCCUGAUAUGUCAUAUUUUGUGGAUCAUUCUGUGCAUAUUAUUUUUGUAAAUGCAGUUGUUUUGGAGUUUUGUUUUUGUUCUGCAUAUACAUGACUGUUUCUUUACUAUCAUAAAAUGUGAAUUUUGCUUCCAGAAAAUAAAGCAAAUUUGUGCAUAAGUUUUGUGCGUGAGGAAAUAUGUAAACAUUGUUGUUUAGUCAGUCGUGUGUAAGCAUGAAAAAAAAAACAUUAUUAAAAUGUCCAUCCAUCGAGUUUGAAAAUAACAGAGGCAUGAAAAUAUCACAGUAAAUAAAUAGAUAAAUGAAAUUAUUUUUUUUUAUAAAGAUGAAAAGCUAAUGUAUUUACCUGCCACACCCUGUUGUUUUGUUCUUGGGUACAGUGUGAUUCAGAAUGUUAACUGAACCAUGGUUUGUACUAUUUAAGUUUAUUUGCUCGAUGAUAGGUUUAUAUACUGCACGCACGCACGUACACACACAGACUCAGUCUCUCUCUCUCUCUCUCUCUCUCUCUCUCUCUUCUCUCUCUCUCUCUCUCUGUCUCUCUCUCUCUCUCUCUCUCUCUCUCUCUCUCAAACAAACAAACAAACAAAGGAUUGGCACCCUCUGGAGCGGUGUCAUUACAUUGGUCAUUUUCUUUGUUAUCAUAAAAAAAAAAACACGAACGAACACAAUACAGAACACAGAAGGGAAUUCCAACAAAAAAUUACUAUAGUGCAUCCAGUUUCAGAAAAGGAAAAGUUGGCAACUCACUCCUGGAAUACUCCGCUUUACAAAGUUUCUCUUGUAUAUUCAUUACCUGACACUGAAUACAGUGUUUACACAUAUUAUGCCUUUUUAAUACGUAUAUAAUAAGUGUUUUGGUCGUUCUUUAAUGGAAUUUCCUCGCUUUUACACCAUUUGUUUUAUAUUAGGAAAGAAAAGAAUCCGGAAUACUCAUUAAAAUGGUUGCCAGUUUUUUCUCGUCUAGUACUGGACGAAGGAUACGCAACGAAAUGUUUCUUUUCAGCAAACUUUAUUACCACUAAUAUUACAAUAACGAAGAACGCUUGUGCUGGGAAGAUACUGUUUUUUUUUUUUUUUUUUUUUUUUCUCCAAGGAGUAAUAUCAGUGGAUUAGAAGGUAAAUAAGAAAGAUGUAGGUGUGUGUCUGUGUCUGUGUAUGUUAGUUAUAAUUAUCCGUAACUGAUAAUUUCACCCGUGUAAAAAAAUUAAAAUCAAAUCUAAAUUUCGUUCAAUUAACUUUUUUUCGUUUACUUUUUUAUUUUACUCUUCGUUUACUUGUUGAUUUUACUCUUUUUUUCCUUUCCUCUUAGGCAGUGUUAAAUUUUUUAUACAAAUUAUCAAUAGAUGUAUGUACUUUAAACGAAUUUUAAAAAAAUUGACAUACUAGUAUUACAGUCAUUAAGUAAUCAACACGAAGUUCAGAAGCAUUGUAGGAAGAAAUGAUGGGUAUUCUUCAUAAUGAACCCUGUAUAUAUCUUUUUUUUCUUUACCUUUAAUUUUUAUAAUAUUUUUUUUAGGGGGUCACUCAUACCGCUGAUCUCUGAACAGCACAAUGGGGACAAUUACUGGGGACUAGUUCAGAUUGCUACUUACGUUGUGGAGUUACAUAAAAAGGGCUGUAUAGUGAAAGCUAAAAUUUCGUGUGUGCUACUUAUGUUAUGUUUUAUCUCACUAUAUAGGACUUGCAAAAGUAAAUGAAUAAGUAAGUAAACAAAUAAUAUGUCAGAGUUAGCAAAGAUGACAAAACUAAAAAUCUUCACUCAAAAAUACUGUAAACCCACACUCUUUACGAACAAUUUUUGACCAACUUUGGCCCUUGUUAAUGAUAACGAUUACAAAGGAGUUUAUACAGGAAAACAGAACAGAACAGAAGCCAACAGGAACGGUAACAAAAAAAAAGAAAUAAUGAUAAACCAAUCCGCGUACAUUGUAUUUUUAUAACGAAAUAUACACAAGUCUGGUGAACCUGUCGAAGCCAACUGUACAGAGAAAAGUCUUCCUUAAAAGUGUUUUAUAUUAUGAAAUGAUGUUAUUGACUCGAACACAUGACAAAGGGACCUGAUGUAUAAUUAACAGUAAAAUGCUACCAAAAA